AUGUUAGUUCUGUAUUUUCGUGCAAUUCUGGGUGCAAUCCAGUCGGCCUCGGCUGGAGGUGACACAUCGCCAGAAGUGGGUGCUUUCUCGGCAGCUUGGCGGUAUUGGGGUGGCACGCAGCAGGGAUCAAUCAAAGUGGCGCAGCGUCGAAGGUGCCGGCGCCAGCUUGCAUCCAGCUUCCGCAGGGAUCGUUGGACAGCGCCUCAGAGCCGGAGCCAAUUUUCACGCAUCCUUUCCGACCACCUCUGGCAGUCUGAGGCUUACCGUGAGAACAACUUCCUCGCUUUCCGCUCGUCAGGGUGCUCAAGCACAAGCACAGCUGCAUUGACAACUGCUCCACAGCUACUGGCUACAUUCACAGACUUAGGACAACACAGGCAACACAGCCUCGCGCUGCCUCUCCAUGCAGUCAGCAGGCCUUACCUUCCGAUUGACUGGAACCCUGCAGUGCCUUGCAGUGUUGCAGUGCGCCUUGCAGUGCACUCUUUUGCGAAGGUCCAGCAGUGCCCAUUGCAGCAAGCUCCCUUCACGCAAGCGCAGAUGCCCAAAGCUCAGCUUCGUCCGGCUUGUUGA